GUUGCCACAAUAUUUCAGUUACGCAUACAGUUUCUGCAUAUUCAUUCUUUCAUAUUUUUAAAAUCAGUUCUCUCAUCUUCCCAUAGUAUCACUUUCUGACGACACUCAACAUUAGCAGACUACAAACAGCAGAAAGAAACGUCAGUGCUAACGUCAAGUGUUGUUACUAAACGUGGCGAAAUGUUCCCGACCCGGUAUUUUAACUUGUAUUUCUAUGUUUCUAAGUAAUGUAAAUUGGUUUUCGAUCUGGCCACUCUUUGAACUGCAUUUUUAAACCUAAAGAAACCCAUAUAAUACAGCAGUGUAACCAAGUCCUUGUCAAUUAUUGCGUUGUUGACAUUUAGUGAGUGGGUGUUUUUCUCUGAUUUUGUUGAUAACUAAUUUUAAUCAAAAAUGGGACUCUGCAAGUGCCCGAAGAAACGUGUAACAAAUCAGUUUUGCUUUGAACACCGAGUAAAUGUCUGUGAAUACUGUAUGGUAACAAACCACACAAAGUGUGUUGUACAGUCAUAUUUGCAAUGGCUGCAAGACAGUGACUAUAGUCCCGUUUGUGAAUUGUGUACGAAGGAGUUGGCGCCAGAAGAUUGUGUACGACUUGUUUGUUACCAUGUAUUUCAUUGGGCAUGCCUUGAUGCCCAUGCGCGACGCCUACCAGCCACCACUGCUCCUGCUGGUUACACUUGCCCAUUCUCUAAUUGCACUCAACUUUUAUUUCCUGCCUCAAACUUAGUUUCUCCAGUUGCUGAUGUGCUGAGAGAAAAGUUAGCUGGUGUGAAUUGGGCUCGUGCUGGACUUGGGCUACCCUUGCUCAGUGAAGAUCGGGAAAUUAAACCUCCUUCCGAGGGUCGUAAGUUGGUUACUGAUGUUGGUGGAACCACUUCUGCCCAGAUUCCUCAGCCCAACCAUUUAAACAAUAUACCAACCAAUGUCAUGAACAACCCUAGAACAUCUGAACGUGCACCUUCACCCCACUCUGUUGUAGAUGUUGAGGACCCUAUCUCAACAUACAGUUAUUCUGCUUCAGGACAAGUCCCAAGGCGAGUAUUUGAGGCUCUGGAUGAAUCCCGAAGUACUCUAUUUGAUCACGAUGAAAAUAAGUAUAAGCGACGUUCUGCUGUUGAUGUUUUCAAGAGGUGGUGGAAGCACCAUGCUGUGAGAGGAGGAUCUCGGUAUUCUCAAAGACGCUGGAUGAUUGCUGGUGCUGUAAUUUUUGCUAUUGUUGUUCUUAUCUACUUCUGUUCAUGGGCUGGCAGAAUAGCCACUGAAAAUGACCCUAAUCUGGAUCCUAUGCACAACCCAAAUAUUCAUGUUCAAAAUAUUGAGUGAGUGCUGAUCUUUGAUCUGCUAUGGCUAUGUGAAUAAUAUCCAAGUGUUACAAAAUUGAAUACCUAAUUCACUUUGUAAUGGCAAUCAUUUUAUCAAUGUAUAUUACCUAUGUUGAGCUCAUGGUGUAUAUUGUUGUCUUUAUUAUUAUUUUUCUGAUCAUUCCUUGUAUUUUGGCGGGAUGAUAUUUCUCAAAGACUGAAAUGAUCAAUUCUUUUUUGAAGAAAUAAUACAGACAUCAACAUAUUUAGGUUUGAUCAUGUUAGGAGAGAUCCUAGGGGGUAAACAAACCACCAAGUUUAUCAGUUAGGUGCAACCCAAUCACUUUUUGUGAUUGUUAAGUUAUUCCUUCCAAGCACAAUGUAUAGUAUCAGUUUUAUAUUAUUACACUCCUCUUCAAGCUCUUUGCAUAAUAGCAAGAGUGUUAAAGAGAUAUAUGGCAUCGUUGUAAAUAUGUAAAAUUCUUAUUACUUUUUGUUUUGCUUCGUAGACUGUUAAUUUUUAUCCAGUAUAUAAGUUAGUCAAAUAUUAAAUUUAUGUUUAUUGAUGGUACCAUUGCAGUUAAUACUAUGGUUGUGUUAUGUUUAAUUUUUUGGAUGUUUAGGAAAAGAGCAAUUUAGCCUUUUGCUCUUUCUGUAGCCCCAUUAUAGUAACGAUAUUUGCACUGGAAAAAUUUGCAGAGGGAAAAUGGAUGUGUUAGUGGUUCAAGACUGACUGUUUCUCACGAAAUUAUCUUUAGGUUUAAUGAAAUGUCAGUUGUCAGUUUGAUAAAACCAUUGGGAUUUGGGGGAUAUGAAAUUUUGUCAUCAGAGGUUUCUCACUUUUAAUCAAUAAAAUCAGCAUUUAAUUUUAAAAAUAA